AGCGACGCAGUAAAAGGAGAAAACAAACGGUCCGGCGAGCUCGACACCAAAUCCAAUCCCAGUUCCACCUCCUCCCCCAUUUCAGUCAGAGGCCCCCUCCACCUCCAUGACCUCCGCCCCAAAUUAAAUCCGGCCGCGGCCGCCGCCGUCUCCCCGGCCCCCGUGGUGCCGUAACCUCCGCCCCCAAUUCCCUCGCCUCCACACUUCAAAUCCCCACCACCACCGCACCUCCCCAACCCGGCAAAUCCCGAAUCCAAAUAGGGUAACCCUAACCGCCCAUCCGCCCGCCAUGAAGGCGUCGAUCAAGUUCCGCGACGACGACCGCCCGCUGCUGCGCGCCAAAGUGCCGGUCGGCGUGCUGGGGCUGCCCUUCCUCUCGGGCCUCGCGGCGGGGGGAGACGGCAAGGACCUCCGCUUCGACCUCUCCACCGCCUUCCCCUCCGGCCCGGCGCUCCGCCUCUCGUACCGCCCCAACGAGCCGCUCCAGCCCUUCGCCCUCUCCAUCCGCACGGGGCUGGGCCCGCUGGGGUCCCCCAUCCGCGCCCCCUUCGCCCUCGCCGCCGAAUUCAACCUCACCUCCUCCAACCCGCCCGCCUUCUCGCUCCUCUUCAAGCCCCGGAUCGGGGACUUCGCCGUCGCCAGCUCCGUCCGCUCCCCGGCGCCACCGCCGCCCGCAUCCACCCCACCCCCUCUGGCGAUCAAGAUGGCCGACCUCACCGCCAACGGCGACGACCACGACCGCGAAGCGCACGGUAACGGCUUCUCCUUCGCCGGGAAUGGGUUCGCGGCGAACGUGGCGGCCGCUGCGGGGAAGGACGGCGGCGGAGUUGGCGCGCUGCUGUCUGGGAUGCGGCUCACGACCAGGAGCGUGCUGCCACUGUGGAGUAAGGCGAGUCUGCGGUUCCAGUGGGGGCUGCGCGUGCCGCCGGAGAUCAAGGCCGCGCUCGCAGACGAUGGCUACGGGCGCAAGGCUGGGAGCCUCGCCAUCAGCAAGCUGCCUCUGCUGGUGAUGAACAAGAUCACCAUCGAGCACACGCCCAAGGUGCCUUCACAGUCUGAGACGGACAAGAAGAGGAAGAAAGACGCCCCACCAGCAGCCGAGUGCGAGGAGUUCUCACUGAUGAAGAGGCAACUGGAGAAGCUGAAUGUGGAGAGCACAAUGCUGCGUCGUUCAGUUGAGGACUUGCGUGCUGAGAUUGGAGCUGGCAAAGGCGAUGGUCGUAAGCUGCCAGCAGCAAUGCCACCUCCACAGCAUUCAUUCGUGUCGAAACCAGAUCGCCAUUUCCACAGCAAUGCGAAGGAAUUGGUGGACAGUGGGACGAAACCAGCUCCCAAUGAAGCAAGUGAGGAGUUGAAGAAGGCACUCGAGGCCCGGAGGAAGUAAAGAAGGAAGCACCUAGCUAGGGCUUGCUGACAUUGCAAGCCCUACAAUAUGACAUUGCUGCUGACGGCUGUGUCAAGUUUUGUGCUUAAUAAUAAUAUUUCCUUGCUGGAGAAGAUUGGUAAGGGCAGUUUACAUCCCUCGCUGGAGGCAAGUGAGGUUGCCAUUUGCCAUAGCCAUAGGUGAUGUAGUAGUUUUGCCUCAAUUCUAUUUCCAUUGCUUGUGUUAGGAUAUCCUGUUCUGUAUAAAUUCGCAUCUUUCAAUUUUAAAUGAAUGAAGGAUUAGUUUUUUCAACAGACACCA